GCAAAUCCCAUUGAGGAAAUCAGUGCAAUCACAUCUUCGAAUGCAAGCACAACAUUUGCUACAUAAAUCAACACAACGCUAUUCGCAACCACGUUAAUGUUAGCCAGCUGGUUAACUAGUGCACAUGUCAUAUCAAAACUACCUGAAAGUGAAAAGCCUGGAAUGAUGUCUGAAGCGCAUCGUGAAUUUUUAAGAAAAUACAGGGACUAUAUCAAAAGAAAUCUUGAGGUUGAUGUUGUCUGGCCACAAAUGACGGACGUUCUGGAUCGUAACUGCGAAGACAAAAUUCGAGCAGAAUCCACCCCUGAAGCUCGUACUUUGGAACUUCUUCAUUUGCUGCCUCGGCGAGGAGAUAAAGCAUUCAUAUCCUUUAUUAGAGCGACACUUAAAGUUCAAAUACGGGUUGGGGAACACUUGGCUGACUUAGCCGGACUUAAUGUGAACCAUAUACUUCCUAGUGCUACUCAAAGAGAAACUGAAGAGCCUGGAAUGAAAGAGGUCCAUCGUCAAAUUCUUGUGAACCAUUUGUCCACAUUUAAGCAAUCACUUAAUGUCGCUGAAAUUGUUGAAAGUUUAUCCAACAAUGUGGCGAUCACAAGCAGAAAUCCGGGUGUCAACAUCAGAACUGUGUUACAAGAGCCAUCUAUGGACAAAAAAGUGGAAAAGCUUAUAUGUGAUAUGCUUCCACGCUUAGGGCCUGAUGCAUUCCAAUAUUUUUUCAAAACCUUAGAUAAAAAUCAGCCGCAACUUGCCCAUGAUUUGAGGCAGUCAAUAAAAGCUACUCAUCCUGGCGAAUUAAUUGAUGAGAGACAAUGCUAUCAGGAGUCAACAAAUAUUCAUGUGACUGGGCAGACAACAGCCCAGUUUAAUCUUGAAACGACCUGGUCAGAUCUACCUGACCACGUUCAAAGAAAGUUAGAAGAACGAUUAAACAAAGGCAAUGAGUUAUUAGAGAAUGACUGGAGAAGCCUGUACAAAGCAGUGAAUUUGCCACAAGGUAAAGAAAACAUCAUUGCUGAAAGAUUCUCUGACAACCCCACACAAUAUGUUUUGAACACUUGGUUUGAUAGAGAUGGACAACGUGCCAAUGUAAAAGCACUGCUCCUAGCAUUGAAAAAGUGUAACCGGGAAGGCUUAGUUCAUGAGAUAGAAAGGGUGUUGGAUGUAAAGCUACCUGAUCAAGUUUCGCAAGACACCGUUGAUGGAGUCCGUGACAUGCAAUUAAAUGAAAACGAGAAAAGAACCGCUCUGAGGUUCGUGAAGGAAAUACCGGGAGAAUUAAAAGUUCAGUUGAUGAAACAAUUAAAACAAGUUAGUGUAGAUUGUCUCUCAGAAAUUGCGACAAAAAUCUUGGAGGUGCGAUGUUACGUGGUCGACAGUACUGAUUUCAUGGAUAAAUUGAAAGAGAAGAAAAUAAGAUUUCUCUUUCGGGAACUUCGAAGAGAAGGUCAGACGAGGGAUAUUGUUCGUUGGAUGAGAAAUAAAUUUCCUGUUGGCAGCACAGGUCCUGUGAAAUGCGAUGAUAACGUGAAAACCGAGAACAUGAACUAUGGCGUUAGAAAAGAAGUGACUGACUAUUUAUCUUUGGAAGAUUGGGAAAUUCUCGCCAGUCACAGCGACAUAGAUUUGAAAAAAUUGGACAUCGGUAUGAUCAAGAGAAGGUCGGCGGAUAAUCCUGCUGAAGCUGUCAUUUCUCGAUGGGAAGCGAGGAACAAUUCUUCUGUUGGCAUGAUGUACGAUCUACUGGUUGACUGUGAAUUCUACAAAAUUGCCGAUCUCUUAUGAUGGUAUAAUAAACAUGUUUAAAUACGUAGGUCUUCAAUACAGUAGUAAAGCUUUUGAAUAUGCACCGAGUGAAUUUUCGAAUGGCCCUGAUUACUAAAAGUCUGUGAGCUCCAUGUUUGAAACACUUUUUUGUCUAAGAAACAGCGGUAAAGUAAACUGUUUCACUGUCUCUGUAAUCAGAAAAAAAAAUUUAAAACCGCUACUGUUGAAUGUGAGCAGGAUAAACACUAUACCAUACUUAUUUCAUAGCGAGAUUAAAACACGUCAGUUUAUGCAUA